AUGGAGACGAAGCCACGUUUUGAGUUGGCGAAGAAGCAUGGAUUGUGCAUCAAUUGCCUAAAGGGACAACACCUGGCGAAGAAUUGUAGUAGUGGAAGCUGCAGAAACUGUUCACGAAAGCAUCAUACACUUCAGCAUAUGUCGUCGUCCCCCGCAACCUCCGCUCGAACAGCACUAGCAUGCUCUACGUUAUCCAGUGAGGUGUUUUCUGAGGAGUCAGGUCAGUCGAAUUUGUCCGCAAUCGGACCGCAAUCAAGUGCUUCACCACCAUCGCGUUCGAUGUCGUCGUUCGUUGAACCCGCCUCGGUAAACACGUUUUCGUAUUCGGUCGUCGUAGCUCCCUCCCCAUCGCCGGUUAGUCCACCACCGUCGCAAUCGAUCUGUAGUGUUCACAAUUUCCCUGUGGCAUCUUACGUUGCUCCGCAAAAGGAUUCCGUGAAGGCGCACAAUGAUGAAGUCUUGCUGUCAACAGUCUUGAUGAAGGUAGAGGACGUCUUUGGGAAUCACCAUUGUGUUCGAGGAGUUCUGGACAGCUGUUCUCAGUCAAAUUUUAUAUCCGAAUCAUUGGCUCGUAAACUGGAAUUGAAACGCUACCAUAUAAGUGUCGACGUCAGCGGCAUUGGUCAAGGCAUAGUUCACAUACGCUCGAAAGUGGUUAUGAAAAUCUCGUCUCGUUUCGGAAGAUUUGACUAUCUGCUAGAAUGUCUGAUCAUACCACAAAUCACGGUCAAGCUUCCUAGCAAGCACUUCGACAUCUCUCGAUGGAAUCUCCUCGACAAAAUUCCUCUCGCGGACCCUAGAUUCAACAUCAGCUCUGGGGUCGACAUCUUGAUUGGGGGAGAUCUGUUCUACUCGCUACUAGAAACACAUAAGAUCCACUUGUCAACUGGUUAUCCAAUGCUUCAACGAACCGUCUUCGGGUACGUAGUAGCUGGAAGGUUAUCGGAACCAUCGAAUGGUUCAUCCAUUUGUGUUGUGAGUACAACUGCAAGUCUCGACAAUAGGUUACAACGCUUUUGGGAGGUCGAGAAUUUCGACAAUUAUAAGGCGAUGACUCCCAUGGAAGAGGCGUGUGAAGAACACUUUCAAAGGACCGCUUCUAGGACUAGUGAUGGUCGCUACAUGGUUCGGCUUCCUCUUCGAGAAAAUGUGCUCGCAAUGUUAGGAGAUUCAUUUGCAGUGGCACAACGUAGGUUCUUGGCGAUCGAGCGAAAGUUUGCGGCGAACACCAGCUUCAAGAACGAGUAUGUCAAUUUUAUGGAGGAGUAUAAAAAACUAGGACACAUGGACUUGAGUCCUCGCAGCGAAAAUCCUCAAUUUGUUUUACCACAUCAUACCAUCUUCUGCCCGGGCAGUUCAACCACGCGAACCCGCGAUGUAUUCGAUGCUACUUGCAAAGGCAGCUCCCAGCUGUCCCUAAAUGAUGUAUUACUCGUCGGUCCAAUCGUUCAACCCCCUCUGCUCGCAAUCAUCCUCAACUGGCGGAUUCCUCGAUACGUCUUCAAGGCCGAUGCGGAGAAGAUGUUCCGCCAAAUCUGGGUUCAUCCACUGGAUCGCAAAUUUCUACAAGUUCUGUGGCGUGCGAGCGAAUCUCAACAGCUUUACCGAUACCAACUCACUACAGUGACCUAUGGAGCUUAG